AUGCUCCCGCCCACGCUGCCACCACCAAGCAGCCACCUUCCUCCCCCACCACCUCCUCCUCCGCCACCGCCGCCGCCUCCUCUUUUGCCACCACCAGCUCCUGUACUGGUCAGAAAACCUGGCCUCUCUAAAGCACUUCAGGUUGAAGCAUUAAGAAAAGAUGGACCCAUGCAGAUAACAGUUAAAGAUCUACUGACUGUGAAAUUAAGGAAGACACAGUGUGCUGAUGAAAGGAGGAAGCCUGUAGCAUCACCGAAAGCACGGAAUCCACUAGUUACUCUUUCUGACCUGCAACGUGUUACCCUGAAACCUAACUCCGAAGUGUUAUCAAGACGAGUUACAAAUGUCUUAAUUACUCCAAGUAAAAGCCAGCUAGAUCUGCGGAAACUUCUUAGAAAAGUCAAUGUGGAAAGAAGCCCAGGGGGAACUCCUCUGAUCAAUAAAGAAAAUAUGGAAACAGGAACCGGGCUUACCCCUGUAAUGACCCGGGCCUUGAAGAAAAAAUUUCAGCUGGCUCACCCUAGAAGCCCAACUCAAACUCUGCCACUUACUAUAAGCAGCUUCGAUGAACAAAACUGAUGCCAA